AUGGAUGCGGUCGGCAGCCGCCACAACAGGAGUGGGAAAUGGAGGCCGGAAUCCGCAGCUUCACACUGCGCCAGGACCGUCGUUGAUGUGUUCAACGGGGUGGAGCGCACGCAUGCUGACUGCGUGGACAGCGAUAACUUGAUGCGGAUGAUGGGCAAUGGUCGUUCAUUAGCGUACUACACCGGCCUGAAUGCUCCGCAGGAUCUGAUAGAUCGAGUGUUCACACUGACUAGAAACAAUAUGUCGCGUCUCUACAACGAGGCCAACUUCCUCGGCGGAUGGAGGGAUCGCAUGAAAUACAGGGAGAUUAGUGCUCCGAAAACCCACCUUCUUGUGCUGUCAGAUGAGGAUGGAACUUUAAUGGGUUUUAUCAGCUAUCGGUUCAUGAUGAUCUCUGACUGCCAGCCUCCGACGGAGGUCUGUUACAUCUACGAGCUCCAGGUCGACGAAUUGUUUAGAUCACGUGGAGUGGGGACAUUUCUGAUCGGUGCUGCUAUGGCUAUCGCCCGCUGGGCGGGUGCCAAGAAGCUCAUGUGCACGGUGUUGAAACUGAACACACGCGCAUUAUCCUUUUAUCGGUCUAAGUGCGGCUUCGUGAACGACGAGAGCGACCCAGAUUCAUAUGACUGCCGUUGUGGUCACGAUCACUGUUACCACAUCCUCAAGCUGGAGCUAGGCCGCCCUGAGGCCCCUUCCCAGGGCUCCAGCGCACCCGCAGGCGUCAAUAAUACCGAUUUUGUUGGCCACGUCGAGCGCGUCCUGGUCAGGCGACAGCUUGACGUACGCCUUCUUGAGGCCAUCGGGGCGGUUCAGAGUGUUGACUCUGACGCACUUAACGUCGUAGAGGUCCGACACGGCCUUGGUGAUCUUCUUCUUGUUGGCGCGGGAGUCGACGAUGAAGACGAGGGUGUUGAUUUCCUCGACCAUCUUCAUCGACUUCUCGGUGGUCAAUGGGUACUUGAUAAUCGAGUACUUGUCGAGCUUCUUCGAGAGCGCAGUGCGGUGGUGGCGCCUGUACUUGGGCGUUCUGGGCAGGGCGAGGGUGCGUCCCCUGAAGAAGUGGGUGUUGCGCCUGAUCUUGUAGCCCUUCGCGGUGGUCGCCUUCUUGACGCUGUUGGCUGCGAUCUUGGCCUUCUUGACCUUUUCGGCCUCGGUGCCCUUCUUGGCGACUGCACGGCAAUGAAUCCUGCUAUGCUGGCGACAUGGGCUGGGCCGUGGGCCGCACCAGCGCCAUGGAGUUCAAACUAA